AUGGGCAGACUGAAAAAUAUGCAGAUUGUGUUUGACAGUAACAAGACGGUGUUUUCAUCCGGUGACGUCAUCAGAGGGAAGGUUUUCCUGCAAGUGGACAGAAGUGAUCAUGUCGGAUUGAAGACUGUCCAAAAAAUGUGGAUGCAGUUCAGAGGGAAAGCUAAGACAGAUUGGUCAACUGACGAUCAUACGCACAGUCUAACCGAGAUGUACUUUGACGAGACCGUCAUUAUCUUCAAACCAGGGAAACGUUCUCAGAAUUUACACGUCCCACCAGGGAGGCACAGCUAUCCAUUUGAAUUUAAACUUCCCCGUAAAAACCUCCCAGCCACAUUCGAAGGCAAAUACGGUUACGUGAGGUAUAAAGCCAAAGCAACCGUAUCACUCAAGAGGACACUACUCGACAAAGAGUUCAGGACAAAGAGGCUGUUCAGCAUGCGUGGGCCAACAUUGGAUUUAAACAACAUUCCCGAAGCCAAGUUGGCAGUGAACGCGAAGGCAGACGCACACAACUGGUGCGGGUGUACACUUAUGGUCUCUGAUGAGAUAUCCGUCGGAUUGUCAAAGCAAGGAUACGUUCCAGGUGAAAGCAUAGUCGUCACGGGACAGGUGGAUAACCGAGACAGCACUGAGAGAAUAACGCUAUACAGCAAGCUAUUGCAGAUCAUAACAUUCCACUCCAAAUCUCAUCAAGAAGUCAAAAAGAACACCCUGGCCACGGUGAGUGCUUCUGUAGCAUGUCCGAGAGGCAGGGUGACAGACUUCAGCAUCGGCCCGCUGCGUAUCCCUCCGGUACCACCCUCGGGUCUUCCUGGGUGCGGCAUCAUCGACGUGCUCUAUCGUGUCCAGAUCUUAAGUGCAAAUCGUGAGACGAACUUUACGAUACAGGUAGGCAACGUACCGCUGAAGAUUCCAGCCACACGGACCAGAGUAGAGACCGAGUUGCCACCAUACCCCGGAGAACAACCGAACGCGGCUGUUGCUUGUGAAACUCCACCGCCUACUUAUGAAGAAGCUGCAGCAAUGAGCGGACUGAUACCCAAAGAUAGGAGUGGGGAGAACUACUUCGCCAGCAGUGAGCAAUUUGUGCCCAGCUAUCCAUACUUUAGUUUGUUGGUUGAAGAUGGGCAGUCGGAAACCCGCUUAGAUCAGUAA